GUCCAUCGCGUUGCGCAGGCUUCCCGCCGCUUCUCUCCCUAUGCUUGCACCUCGCGCCUCCAGCGCAUUUGUAUGCAUCCGAUGUGAGCUCAAGCGUGCCCGCCCGCGACUUCCGCUCCUCGCCCGCCGACCUCCGCACGCGAACUUCUCCGCCUCUGCGCGCCAUCGCGAUGCCUUUGACGACUCCUCGCAGAUCCAAGCGCCUCCGCCGCGCGGCCGAGUAAGCGCACAUCCACUGGGACGAAUACGGAAACGCAAGGGACAGACCGUCAGAGAAACUACAGCGCGGUUGGGCGUAAAGACUCUGGGCGAUGACGCCGAGAUUCUCGUCCUGAAGGAGGUGGGAGAUGCGCCACAGGAAGAGGCUGUCGCGCCCGAGAUAGUGCCAAUACAGCAAGAUGUGCCCGACAUCCUUGCUUCCCUCCAGCAGGAAAACCGUCCGCUCACUUUGGAAGAGAUCACGAAGCAGCUCGACACUUUACGCCCGAAGACGCAGGCAGGCCUACACGAGCCACACUAUGUUACCCAAGCGACAUUCGUCAAGCUUGCCAAGGUUCUCUUACAGGGGUUCACAGUGCCGCAGCUAUCGCAUUAUUAUUCGGUUACAAAGGGCGUGGAGCAUGACCACGUCCAAAAGGAGGUUUUGGAUGGAUUGAAGGGGUCAAAGGGCACAGCGAAGAGACCAGUGGAGCGGACCGACUGGCAUCCUGGGACAACACAAAUCAACAGGCGGCUACCAGGGCUCGACGUCACCCAUAGGCGAAAGAAGUCGCCCGUUAGUAAGCAGCUUCUGGUCGAUCAGAUACUCCGGGAUGUGUGGAAGCUUGUGCUGCUAGAGGAGAUCGAGGCUCCGGGUGAGAUUGAGCUGUCACUGAAGCCGUGGCAGCUCAGUCUUUUGAGCUCAGGAGCUUCCCCCACACCUCUGGACCAGAUCGGAAGGGAAAGAAAGGCCAAACUCGAAAUAUAUUGGCAGCACGAUGCUCUUCGAAUAACUGCAGACAAAAAUACUGCCGAAUACGCCGCCGAUGACAUCGAGCGACUCCUUCAUAGCACAGAAACCAAGCGCCUUCAUCUGCGACCGUGGACACCAUAUCUAGAGGAAAGCAGGAGGCCAUCAGGAAGAUUGGCAAACAUGUUCACGCAAAAGAGUUUACAGACAGUAAGUUUGAUGACUGGAGCGAGUGUCCAAGUGGCCGGUGUCGAUGAGUUGUUGAUUCGAGCACUCAAUAAGAACACAGUGGAGGACGCGGAACGCUCUCUCAUAAGGAUGCUCCCAUUGAAGACCUCCGUGUCCUAUGCUAUCGAUACAUCUAAACGAGAUAGUGUCAAGGACCAAAGCUACCUUCUCCCGGUCGACUUCGAGAAAGGUUCCCUGGACUUUCUAUCCCGUGAGCUGAAGUUGGGUCGUUGGUCGCUCCCUGUCAAGAGGGCGUCCAGUCCUAGAUCGGACCCCGAAAAACGGUCGGACGCAGAUGCUGCGAAAGCCGCCACUGAACAAGCCAGCCUAAGUUGGGACCUGGACCCUGUCCAGGCGCGGGUAUUGGAGAGGGUACAACAAUCUCCCGAAUCGACACCUCUACAGAAGAACAAGAAUAAGACUAGCCUUUGGGCCGCCCACCCGGAGGAGACACUAUCAGCCGAAUUUGGUCAAGUCCUUGUUCCUUUGAAUAACAGCCUUGUCGAUAGCGACACUGAGGGAUCUUCACUGAUCUCUUCCCCGCCUACGUUUUCAUACACCCUCCCCGGCCUCUCAAGGCUGCUUACGGACAACACUUUUGCGCAGGCCUACCAUUCCAAAGUUCCUGCCCUGGAUUAUGACUUUGUUCCGGCGCCUGUGCAGCAAAAUUUCAAAGAGGGCCAGCAGUAUCCCAGUCUCCACGUUCAGGUCAGACAUAACCACACUGGCAAGCCUUCGCUUCGCAAACUGACACUUGGUUUCGACGAAUGCGUGCACGACGUCCUUCUACCAGAUAAGGCAGUCGAUAUCCGUUUCAGGAGGUCACAUAGGCUCCUUCUUCAGGCUCCCUCCGCGGAUGAGAAUGUCAGGGACUUCAUGGACGCAGUUUCCGCCAACAUUCAGAGCGGCGAACGGUUGACCGCGCCUGCGCUCGCGCUUGACAUACCAAAAUGGACUAUACCAGGCUUUUCCAGUCGCGAUAUGAGCGGUAUGCGCACUGUCAAAUAUAUUUUCACCGGUAUUCGCUUUAGGCAAAGCGUAGUGGGUGACCUCCUUGGUACACGUGUGGCAUAUAAUACCAGACAGUCUGGAAAGCUGGGUAGGAAGGGCGGAGCGCUGUCGGCCUAUUACACGAAUGCUGAGGGCAAGAGUGGUCCACUGGAGGAUGACGAGAGGAUGAGGGGGUUUGUUCAGAGUUGCUUUGCCAUUGCGGAUCGAAUAACGGAGGCUGCGGCAAACGGGACGCCGAUAUCAAAAACCCUCAAACCUAGGGUCGAGACGAGCGCAAGGAAGAUUCGACGCCAAGCACUUCAAGCGGCGGUCUCUGCGGAUGAGGGUGACGGCAAGGUCGUGGAACGAUUAGUCGCCCCGGUAUUGGAGGAUGAAGAUAACACUGGCGAACUCGAUACCGAUACUGCACUAACCGAUAUCGACAUCACUAGGCAAGAGCUUGACCAGCCUAAUUCCAAAUCUAUCGACGCCGCCGCUGCUCCUAAAACCAUUUCCCUAGACACUGAAACCGAGGAACAACACUCCGAAACUAGCCAGGCUACGACGCCGCUGAACGACGGAGAGGUUGAAGAUCCUAACAUGUCAAAACCCCUAGAAGAGCAAUACCCCCCGGAGUCUCACUCUCGCAGCGAUCAGUCUACCAUAUCUUCCGCGGACUUUCAGGAAGAGCCAGCAGCGCAGCAUAAUAAGCGUAUGCUGAAAUUGCAGGCAUAAGCACCAGCAUUCAAUGCGGCGUCUCUUAGUUCCAGGAAGGGCGUUUUGCAUUUGUAUAUCACUGCAUGAUUGUAACAUAGUGUAGACUACUCUUUUUCGUCUAUAUUCAUAAUCCACAUCCGCGGCUUCGAUGCCCC